AUGUUCAUUUUAGUCCGUAGCGCGUCGCCAUACCGCCCUUAUCACCCUCCCGCGCCUUCCCAUUUGUCGUGCCUCCUUCUCCUCCCGUUCCUGGUGGUCGCGCGCCCAUUCUCGCCCAAAGCGCGCUCUGCCGUCCCCCCCCUUCCCCCGUCCCGUCGCGCGCGCAUUGCGCUCCCGCAGCCGUGCGCACUAAGCACCGUUCAGCAGCGCGCGCGCCUGCCCUUCCUUGCGGCGCGCCCUGCCCUUCCUCAAUCCGCCCCUUCCCUCACCCUCCUCCUCCUUCCCUCUCUCCUUUGUGCUUCCCCCCACUACCUCACCUCUUCCUCCUCCUAUUUUCUCUCCCCAUCUGCUGCGCCUCGCAGCUCCUUGUGGCGUGCCUUGCCCUUCCCACAAUCCGCCCCUUCACCCUCCUCCUCCUCUCCUCUCUCCCACUACUGUUUCCUCCUCCUCAUGGCGACCUCUCUCACCCUCCCCUCCCUCCCUCUGCUGGUCCUUCAGCUUGCGCCCGAUGGCAGUGCAGUCAACUUCCCCAGUUGGCUGAACUCUCUUGAGCGCACGCUGUUUGGCACCCUAGUGAGUGGCUUUAACCUCUGGUUUGUCACUCAGCAGAAUGGUUCUGGCACCAUUCCUACCUCUCCCUCUGCACCCACCUCUUCCUCCUCUGACCCCUAUGCUGAUGGCCUCCGUGCUGCCAUUGCUGAAACUGAGCGGCUUGUGGCCACGGCGCAAGCCACCGCCACGGGGUGCUCCUGA